AUGGAGUUACACAUCUUUGAGCUGUUUGUGAACAUGUGGAGCCAUGCGCAACUCACGGUAUGCGCCGACGGUGGCGCUAAUCGUCUAUGUGAUCGUAGUGUCGAUAUUAAAACACAGGAACUCGUCAAAACUCAUUACAUAAAAGGUGACUUGGACUCAUUGCGUGAUGAUGUUCGUGAGUUUUCUAUUGCCAAAGGAACGACGGAGAAAAUGUGCAAGCACAAAGAUACGUACAAUCGUUUCAAUGUCAUGAUCUUUGGAUUCAUGGGUGGACACUUUGAUCAGCAGAUGCAGAACGUCAACGCAAUGUUCCAAUGGAGAGACAAGUUCCAAAAGAUUGACCGUGAAAAGAAAUAA